UUUUUUCGGGCAGAAAACCAAGCAGCGCGGCGGGAGGGACGCAACAACGAUCGGGAGGGGUUGUUCAUUUUCCUGGCUUUCUUCCCUUUUCGCUGGGAAGCAGGAUGGGACGCGGGGUGGAGCCCUCGUUUAUCUCUGUUUUGUCUUUGUUUCCUCUGGAGGAGGAGGAAGGGAUGGAGAUUCCCGUUGUUGUCGCAGGGCGAGGAACGAACCCACGAUGCAUGGUGCGCUGGAGGCGUUCUCUGGAAGGGUCGGGAGAGCUGUGGCUCCCCCUUUUGUCUUGUACGGCAGAGCGGAGGCUGCUGGACCUGUCCAGGCGAGAUCACGAGUGUGAGCAAGCUCUUGCUGUGUUGGACCGGUGUCUGGUCGCGACGGCGGAAUACUUCUGGGGUGCGGACCCCGAAGACGAGGGGAGCGAGAGGUACGAGGUGGAGAUCCCGGAGGUGCAGCGGUUACUAUCGCUGGGACUGGCGAGCUGGUGUGAGCAGUACGAUGUUCCCUUGCUGGGCAAGGUGCCUGGAGGGGAGAAGAAGGUAGGUGAGACCCCCGUGCGGAGCGUGGAUGAUCGGUUGGACGUGCUGGGGGCUGUCCACGACGCGAUUCUUGGUGCUGAUCACUUGGAGGAGCGGCCAGCUGCGGUGGUGCAGCGCUUGCGAGAAGAGUCUCCGGUGGAGAUGUCUAGUACCUGCCAGUGGUGCCUGGUGUAUGGAUCUCGAGUAGGGGCGACGGAGGCGUUGCUUCAUAUGCUAGAGGAGCAGUGGAGUGAGCGGGAUCGGUCUCUCGUUGCCUUGAACGCGGCCUUGCUCGCUCUGGAGCGCGUGUACUUCUCCCUCCGGCGGACGGGUAGGGCGGACUUCCAUGUGGGCCGCAUCCUCUCUCUUGUCCAGAGGGUUCUGGUUCGCGAGGGACGGGCUUGUUUGGUUCUCUGCCGACUUGGGUCGGAUCAUGCCUGGAGUACUCGGCGUGUCAUGCAGUAGACGGGAGCCGCGGUGGUGUGCGACCAUGGGCCUCAUCGGAGUGGGGACGAUGUGCACCUGUCAGAUUAUUCUUGGCCCGGAGACAAGCAGAAAGUAGAACAACAUGACAAAUGAAUAGAAUGAAUGAACAAAUGAA